AUGGCCUCUGUUUUCCGCUGCUCUGUCUGCCUGCAAAAUGGCAUUGUGAGAGAUUUUGCCGCCGUGGGACUCAUCAAGUCACACCUCGGUGCCGCCACGGUCCACAACAUGGGCCUGUUUGUGUGUCUGCAGCCUGGCUGUACUCUACGCGCCAACAGAGCCAUCGCGACGCCAAUGGCGAGCAUGAUGCUCUCUGGGCAGGCAGAGGACCUGGUCUUGAGGGCCAACAUCGCUACUCAGGUUCAAGCCUGUCUUCUCCCUGCUCCCGCUCCCGCCCCCGCCAUUUUCGCCCCUGCUGCUCCCUCGCAGCAACAGGAGGUCAACAGCAGCGACGACGACGACGACGACGACGACGAAGACGACCCUGCCCCUGGGGCCGGCUCCUUCGACGAGCAGCUCUUCGGUGAGGGACCCGGCGGCGACCCCGAACUCGCCAUCAAGGCAGAGCUCGCUGCCUGUGGAGAGGAUCAGCUUCGCUCACAAUUUGUGGACCUGGAGGCUUCUUUGCAAGUCUUGAGACAGGCUUGCCUGCUCAGCGAGCUUCUCGCGCUCGUCAAGACUUUGGCGAAGCUUGUUAAGAGCCAGAAGUGUGUGAACAUCCUGGUCGUUCUGUAA